AUGAACGUCAUUAAGAAACGACUGCAGACGUUAAAGCUCGAGAAAGAUCUCGCGAUGGACAAAGCUGAUCUAUGCGAUCAGCAGGCAAAGGAAGCAAAUCGGAGGGAAGAAAAAUUGAGGGAUGAGGUUCGUGAACUGGCGAAAAAACUGAUGCAAAUGGAGCACGAUUUGGAAGUGAGUAAGGCCCAACUGGUAAAAUCAAACAGAGAUCUUGAAAUAAAGGAGAGGAUCUACAUCGUGACGCAGUCGGAACUGGCGGUGUUGAAUAGAAAAAUGCAGCAGUGCAUGCAGAAUUUAGAAAAGUCGGAGGAACGACGUUUGUCGGCUCAAGUAAAACUCGCGCAAGCCAUGGAAACUGCUGAAGACGCAAAGCGCAUCUGCAAAGUCCUGGAAAACAGGAGCAAGCAGGAUGAAGAGAGAAUGGACCAAUUGAUGACGCAGUUGAAGGAAGCAAGGCUCAUUGCUGAAGACGCUGACACGAAAUCGGACGAGAUUUCGAGGAAAUUGGCAUUCGUCGAGGACGAGCUCGAAGCGGCGGAAGAAAGAGUUAAAUCGAGCGAAGCGAAAAUUCUCGAGAGAGAAGACGAGUUAUUUAUCAUCGGCAAUAUAUUCAAGUCCUUGGAGGUGUCCGAAGAGAAAGCUAACCAAAGGGUAGAAGAAUUUAAAGCGCAGCUAAAGGAAUUAAAAGUGAGACUGAAGGCUGCUGAAAGACGUGCCAUAACUGCUGAGAAAACUGUCAAGAUAUUCGCGAAAGAAGUUGACAAGAGGGAAGAUUAUCUGCUAAAAGAAAAGGAAAAAUACAAAUAUAUCUGCGACGAUCUGGACUCCACGUUUUCGGAGCUUACGGGAUACUGAGCGGACUUUGCAAAAUCGAUCAAUUAAGUGUAUCGCCAAUCGGAAGAUUUGCAUUGCACAAGAACACAAAUAUAAAUUCUCACGUUUAUUGAAUGUCUCAUGAGGUUCGCCCAGAAAAUCGACCCUAUGUUACUUUACACGAUAUCAAUUUAUUUAAUCGAUUCUACGAUCGACACAAUGCAUCGAAAUGCCGUACCACAGAUUUAAUACAGUUUAAAUUUAAUCGACAAUUUGUUUUAAUUGUAUAAUCUCCGAUCGCAGAACGGAGAAAGAAUUUGCAAGCUUCUUCAUUUCACGGAGCUUUUGCGAUGAUUUUUUAACGCAAUCUCACGCCAUGAUUGGACCGUCUGCGCCGCACUCGCGCCGGUAAGCUUUAUCUCUUCCUCUCUCUCUCUCUCUCUCUACAACGACGUAAUUAAUCGUAGUUACAAUAACAA